GACAGAUUUGAUAUGACAUUCAUAAAUUUAUUCGCGUUUCAGCCGACAUUUGACAACAAUAAUAAAUAAAUUUGUUUAAUAGAAUUUAAGAUAUAGAUAACAACUUACAUGAUGUCAUCUGAUUCUGAAGAUGAAGCUAUGAAACCCCGCGAUUACAAAGAAAUUGCUGAUGAAAUAGAACAAUGUAAAAGAAAUCCAGAAACCUCUGGAAUGUUUGUAUCAGGUUGGGAUGAUGCUGAAGUUGAUGUAGAAACUGUUGAAAAUCCGAAGGAAAAUCCCAUUGACCAUGUCUUAUGGGCAGCUGAAAAUGGGGAACUGGAUAUCUUAAAAGGCUUGCUAGAAAAACAGCCUGGCCUAGUUCAUGCACAAGACUCUGAUGGGUAUACUCCACUACAUCGUGCUGCAUAUAGUAAUCACGUCAAUAUAAUAUCAUACUUGCUGAGUGCAGGGGCUAAUAUAGGUUCAAGAACUGAACUUGGUUGGACACCGUUACACUCUGCAUGUAAUUGGAAUAACUAUGCAGCAGUAGCAAGACUUCUUUCAGGAGGAGCGAGCCCUCUUGCUCUAUCUGAUGGAGCACAAUCACCAUUACAUCUUGCAUCAGCAAUCAGCCACUGUAAAUCUACACUGGUCAUCUUAUUUUUACGAGAAGAUAUGGUUGAACUUGCAAAGAGACCCAACAAUUCAAAUGAAACCCCUGAGCAAUUAGCCCGUGGUCAUGGGAUUUAUGCUCCAUUAUUUGAAAUGGUUUUGCCAGCUGUAUCUUACAUAAGAUCUUUAGCUUUUACUUGUAAUCCAUAUUAUAGGAAUACAUCUCAUUAAAAAAUGUAAUAUGAGGUUUCAAGAGGUUUAAAUUUAAUUAUUAGCUGCGCUGACUUCACAUGAGAUGCAUACAUAUAAUUUAUAUGAUUAAUAAUGUAUUAGUAAUAUUUUAUACUCUAUAAUGCCUAUUUCUAUGAUAAUGUUAUAAAGGACAAUGAAAAUAACACUUUGCUGAACUGAUAAAUUUAAGACUAUACUUAAAUUAUUUACUUUUAUUAUAUUUAAUUUACAAUG